AAACAGGCGUUUAAAAAGGGCGGCAGUGCUACUUUCUGCAUGGACGGCUUCAGCUUCACCAUUGUUGCCAACGAGGCGGCGCCGAGCUCCCGCUUUCCACCGGCCCACUUGACACGCUCACGGUCCCAGAAUGCACUGCGCACUGCCGUCCCAGCUGCUGUUGGCAUCACUGAAUACAAAGGAGUUCAGGAUGAAGAGAUCCUGAAGGAUGAGCUGCCGGUCCUUGGUGCCCCGGACACCAUGGAGAAGACUGCCAGCAGGUUGCGCUGUCUUGUGAAGCAGCUGGAAAGGGGGGAGGCAUCUGUGGUGGAGCUGAAGAGAAACCUGGACUACGCCGCCUCAGUCCUAGAAGCUCUGUGCAUUGAGGAAGCCAGGCGGCUGGUGGAUCCAGAGGACCAGCUGGGUGACAUCCGGUCGGACUCGGUGCCGUCAGAGGUUCGGGACUGGCUGGCUUCCACUUUCACCCGGCAGACGGUUGUGAUGCUGCGCCGUAACGAGGACAAGCCACGCUUCCGUAGCAUCGUUCAUGCAGUGCAGGCCGGCAUCUUUGUGGAGAGGAUGUACAGACGGACCUCCAACAUCGUCGGUCUUAGUUAUCCACAAGAUGUCAUCACUGUUCUUAAGAAUGUGGACGUGUGGUCUUUUGAUGUGUUUGCACUGAACGAUGCUAGUGGGGACCACGCUCUGAAAUUUGUCUUCUAUGAGCUAUUCACCAGAUAUGACUUGAUCAACCGUUUCAAGGUCCCUGUUUGUGCCCUCAUAUCCUUCGUGGACUCGUUGCAAGUGGGCUACAGCAAACACAAGAAUCCCUAUCACAACCUGACGCAUGCGGCUGAUGUCACACAGACCAUUCAUUACCUGCUCCUCAAGACCGGCAUGGUGCACUGGCUCAGUGAGUUGGAGAUCUUUGCCAUCAUUUUUGCAGCUGCCAUUCAUGACUACGAGCACACAGGGACCACCAAUAACUUCCAUAUUCAGACAAGGUCAGACACCGCCAUGUUGUACAAUGACCGAGCUGUUCUGGAGAACUACCACGUCAGUGCUGCAUAUCGCCUUCUACAGCACAGUGAUGACAUGAACAUUCUGUCUAAUCUCUCCAAAGACGAGUGGAGAGAGCUUCGAGCUCUGGUGGUGGAGAUGGUGUUGGCCACAGACAUGUCCUGCCACUUCCAGCAGAUCAACGGGAUGAAAAGCCACCUGCAGCAACAUGAGGCGCCCGACAAAGCAAAGGCCUUGUCCCUGCUACUGCACACUGCUGACAUCAGCCACCCUGCCAAACGCUGGGACCUCCAUCAUCGCUGGACCACAUCCCUUCUGGAGGAGUUCUUUAAACAGGGGGAUAAAGAAGCGGAGCUGGGUCUACCGUUCUCUCCUCUCUGUGACCGCAAAUCCACCAUGGUGGCACAGUCUCAGAUUGGAUUCAUUGACUUCAUCGUGGAACCAACAUUUACAGUGCUGACAGAAAUGAUGGAGAAAAUUGUGACUCCGCUUGUUGAGGAGGCAUCGCGAUCUGGAACGGCUGCCUUCAGACGCUGGAGUGACCACAGUGUCAGUGGCAGUGAUGGAAAGAGGUCCAGUGUGAAGAGUACAGGCUCAGAGGGCAGCUGCUCUCUGACCACGGUGGACUUCAAGGGCUUCAAGGUCACAUGGAACAAGGAGAUUCACCACAACAGGGAGACGUGGAAGGCCCAGGCAACCAAAGACCUGGAGGAAAAGGUCCAGAAGGAGGCAGGGGAGAGUGGCCGGCAAGAGAAGGACACAGCAGAGGAGACACAGCCAAAGAGACACAAUUCAGGACAGGAGAUGAAGACAGAUGUGGAGGGUCAGGUGGUGUUGGAGAGCAGGGUGCAGCAGGAGGUACAAACGCCCAAAGAGGAGGAAGGAGGAAAUAAUCCAGGUAGACCUUCAGCAUCAGGCCCAAAGAACACAGAGGCAAAGCCUGAGGAGCACACUGAGAAGCAGCCGUGCCACAAUGCAGGGCCUCAGCCUGACCGCCCUCUGAUGCAUUACACCAAGAGACCCAGCUACUCCCGGAUGGUCAGGUCAAAGGUCAAUAAGAUGCGGCCCAUUGAUGCCAGGGGGAAAGCUAGGAGACUGCAGCGCAUCUCUCUGCGUCGCCUGAAAUGAGCCCAUGGUAUAAAGUCCUCACAUCACAUCGGCGUGAUAUAUUUGACUGGUUUUCCAACGGGUCUCCUUCAUUUCAAACACGUAUCCUUAACUGUUUCUGCAUUACCCACUUUGUUCUGCUGACGUCCCUCUCCUUUUUCCUGGACAACUCCCUUUUGGGGACCUGCUACUCUUAAAUGAAUUCUCACAUAAUUUCCUUAUGUGUUUUUGGUUUUAUUAUUUAAAUGUACGUUGAUGAAAUUAACGUAUAAUACUGUACAUAUUAUUCUGUAUAUAGUAGGCUUUCCUAU